AUGGUCAAGAAGAGAAAGAACAACGGCCGCAACAAGAAGGGCCGCGGCCACGUCAAGCCCAUCCGUUGCAGCAACUGCUCGCGAUGCACGCCCAAGGACAAGGCGAUCAAGAGGUUCACCAUCCGCAACAUGGUCGAGUCUGCCGCCAUCCGUGACAUCUCUGACGCCUCGGUCUUCGCCGAGUACACCGUCCCCAAGAUGUACCUGAAGCUGCAGUACUGCGUCUCUUGCGCCAUUCACGGCAAGAUUGUCCGUGUCCGCUCCGUCGUCGGCCGCCGCAACCGUGCCCCUCCUCCUCGCGUCCGCUACAACAAGGACGGCAAGAAGAUCGUCCCCACCCAGGGCGCCAAGACCACCACUGCUUAA